UCCACUUCCACACACACUGCUACUGCCCCCCCUCCACCACCGACACACACCGACACCCAGCAGCACCAUGGCUCAGCAACCAAUCAGUCUUCCCGCUAAGCUUAUUAAUGGUGGGGUGGCCGGGAUGGUGGGGGUGACCUGUGUGUUUCCCAUCGACCUCGCCAAAACACGCCUGCAGAACCAGCGCAGCAAUGAGAGAGUCUACAAGAACAUGAUGGACUGUCUUAUUAAAACUGUCCGCUCCGAGGGAUACUUUGGGAUGUACAGAGGUGCAGCAGUAAACUUGACCCUGGUGACCCCUGAGAAGGCCAUCAAACUGGCCGCUAACGACUUCUUCCGUCAUCAGCUCAGCAGGGGAGAGUCUAAAUUGAGUGUGUUUAAAGAGAUGCUGGCGGGCUGUGGAGCCGGAGUGUGUCAAGUGAUCAUCACCACACCCAUGGAGAUGCUUAAGAUCCAGCUUCAGGAUGCAGGGAGACUAGUGGCCCAGAGGAACCUGGCUGUGGUGCCCUCACCCACAGGUGGCGGCGGUACCAUGCUGAGCUGCUCCUACAUCCGCCCAGUAUCAGCCAUGCAAAUCACUCAGGAGCUGCUGAGGACCCGCGGCAUCCAGGGCCUCUACCAGGGCCUUGGGGCCACACUCAUGAGAGAUAUCCCAUUUUCUGUCGUUUAUUUCCCGCUCUUCGCCCACCUGAACCAGCUGGGGAAACCUUCGGAAACCGAGAACGCUCCGUUUUACUGGUCAUUUGCUUCAGGCUGUGCGGCAGGGUGCACAGCGGCCAUAGCGGUCAGCCCCUGUGAUGUGGUGAAGACAAGGCUUCAGUCACUCAAUAAAAGUUCAAAUGAGGAAAUCUACAGCGGAGUGGUGGACUGCGUCAGGAAGAUCAUUCAUAAGGAAGGUCCAUCUGCUUUGAUGAAGGGUGCCGGCUGCCGGGCUCUGGUCAUUGCGCCGCUCUUUGGCAUUGCACAAGUGGUUUACUUCAUUGGCGUUGGAGAAUUCAUCCUGGGCCAAAACCCCUUCAACCUCUACUCACCUUAAACUCAGUCUCAAACACCGGAACCAUCUGAGCAUUAAAGUGAAAGUUCAGUGAAAAAAAAGUGAAAUUAUUUGAUUUUUCGCCAAACUGUUCCUUUAUAGCAGAGUAGACGAGGCAGUUUCACUGUGACUGUAUGGAGAGUGAUGUUUAGGAUUUGUUAUGGAAAUGCUAACAUUAGCAUGUACCGCUGGCUUUCUCAAAGCCAAGACAACAUUGCACUUGUCAAUGUCAUGUCUAAUUUAAACAUUUUUUUAAAGCCUCCAGAAACAGCCUUUGGUUUCCCUCAAUGAGGGAAUGAAUGUCACAUCACGUCUCCCAAACUCAAAAUAUCAAAGUUUUCCUUUC